CAGUAACAAGCAACAAGCCUCAAAUCGUGUGUAUAAAAUUUGGAAGGGUGAAAUAUUGGCAAAUUUGGGACAGUUUGCCGUUGUAAACGGCCAUGGAAUCGUUCUUUGAAGUGGGCAGUCGCGUUUGGGUCUUAGACAACAAGGAAUGGUUGCCCUCUGUGGUAGAGACAGUACAAGAUGGGAAAGUGACAUUUCGAACCGAAUAUGGCAAGGCGAUCACCAAGGAUCACAGCUCGCUUUCCCGAGAAAAUGCGUCUAUCAUGCACAGCAGCAGCGUGGAAGGUGUGGAGGACAUGGCACAUUUGGAGGAUCUUCAUGAAGCUGGGAUAUUACAUAACCUUCAUGUCAGAUACAAGAAGGAUCAAAUAUACCGAAAAUGUAACCCGCAUUGCUCCAGUUGCAUCCCAAAAGGCGGAAGCGAAAAAGAGCGAAGUAUCAAGUCACUUGAAAUUAGCGGUUUAUAUCUUUCAAAACAAGACGGAGAUU